CAGGAGCGCCAUUCCGGAAAUAACCGAGCGCCCGCCAGCUGAAGCCGAGCGGUUCCGAGAAUGGCCGAGCGGUUCCGGAAGUAGCCGAGCCCUUCCGGAAAGCCCCGGAGCUGUCCGAGUCGGCGGCGUAGGUAGAAGCCGCUGUGCGGGAGCCAUCAUGGCGGAUCAGGCAGCGCAGCUGCGGGCCGACGGGAUCGUGAAGCGGCUGGUGCAGGAGGGCCGGGGUGCGAUGCCCGACUACCGCGACGGCACCAAGGCCACUUUCCACUACCGCACCAUGCUGUCCGACGGGGAGCACCGCGUGCUGGAUGACAGCCGUGCCCGCGGGAAGCCCAUGGAGCUCAUUAUUGGCAAGAAAUUCAAGCUGCCAGUGUGGGAGACCAUCCUGAGCACCAUGCGGGACGGGGAGCAGGCUGAGUUCCUGUGUGACACCAAGCAUGUGGUGCUGUACCCGCUGGUGGCGAAGAGCCUGCGGAACAUCGCGGCGGGAAAGGACCCCCUGGAGGGGCAGCGGCACUGCUGUGGCAUCGCCCAGAUGCAUGAGCACCACUCUCUGGGCUACCCCGACCUGGAUGACCUGCAGCAGAACCCCCAGCCCCUGAUCUUCGCCAUCGACAUGCUGAAGGUGGAGGCGCCCGGCUCGUACCGGCAGGACCCGUGGGCCAUGACGGACGAGGAGAAGAUGCAGGCUGUUCCGCUGAUCCACGAGGAGGGCAACGAGCUCUAUCGCCAGGGCAAGGUGACCGAGGCAGCCGCCAAGUACUACGAUGCCAUCGCCUGCCUGAAGAACCUGCAGAUGAAGGAGCAGCCGGGCUCCCCAGACUGGAUCCAGCUGGACCAGAAGAUCACCCCCUUGCUGCUGAACUACUGCCAGUGCAAGCUGCUGUGCCACGAAUACUACGAGGUGCUGGACCACUGCUCCUCCAUCCUCAAUAAACAACGUCAAGGCCUAUUUCAAGCGGGGGAAGGCGCAUGCCGCCGUGUGGAAUACGGCCGAGGCCCAGGCCGACUUUGCCAAGGUGCUGGCACUGGACCCGUCACUGGGCCCCGUGGUGGCCAAGGAGCUGCGCAGCCUGGAGACGCGCCUGCGCCAGAAGGACAAUGAGGACAAGAUCCGCUUCAAGGGCAUCUUCUCCCAGUAGCGGCUGUGCCAGGCCCGGGGAGCAGCAGGGUGCUGCCAGAGGGGGCUGUGCCGACCGUCCCAGGGCCUGGGCUGGAGUGAGCUGGCAGCAUCCGUCUGUCUGUCCGUCUGUGCUUGGCGCCCCCGUGCUCCUCGUCCUCGCUUCCCAUGCUCUGUAGCCAAUAAACUGAUAUUUAUCCAUGG